AUGGCUGAAGCAUGUAAAAUUGGUCAAAUAUUUAUCUCAGCUACUGGUUCAACUGAAUUAAUUCGUGGUGAACAUAUGAUGGAAAUGCGUGAUAUGGCUCUUCUAUGCAAUAUCGGUUCUGGUCAAACUGAAAUUGACGUUGUAUGGUUAAAAGCGAACACACUCAAAAUUGAAAAUGUUAAACCGCACCUUGAUAUUUAUCAUUUGCCAAGUGGUCGUGCUGUUAUUUUACCGGCUGAUGGUCGUGUAAUCAAUCUUUCUUGUGCACAUGGUAAUCCAAGUUUUGUUAUGAGUAUCUCAUUUUCAAAUCAAAUUUUGGCACAAAUCGAAUUAUUUACAAGAAAAGGACAAUAUCCAAUUGGAAUUCAUACCCUUUCAAAAACUUUGGAUGAAGAAGUGGCCUUGGCACAUUUGGAUUAUUUAGGCGUCAAAUUAGAAAAAUUGACACAAACACAAGCAGCAUAUUUAGGUUUACAUCCAGAAGGUCCAUUCAAACCCGAAUAUUAUCGUUAUUGA